ACAUAUGAUCAAGGACUGAAACUCCAUUUUCUCUAAACAAGGGACCGAAUUUGCAGUUUACUCAUUGAUACCCAAUGCUCUCGGCCACUUCCCAACAAAACGCUACCAGACUAUCGUUGAAAGAGUAAAAGGCUGCCGUCGCCGAUCUCAAUCCCACGUUCCGAUGAACAACCGCGAUGCUUCCACAGAGGCAACCACCGCCACUGCUACUCCUGGACUGAUCAUCUCCAAAACAGAAACCCUUCAAUCAUUUCUUUCCACAUCAAUCAACAACCCUCACCUCUCCCCAGACCUCCGUCAAAUCGCAUCAUCCCUAUCUCUCCGACCCUCUUCCGUGCCCUACAAAUCCCUCCGAUCCAUUUGGCUCGCCUCCGAUCCAUCAACUCGACCUGCUCUAUCCGCCGUCGUAACUGGUUCGCACUUCAUCCUCAACAGCCCUCAACCUCGCGAAAAGAGCGAGGAACUGAAAGCGAGGCUCAGGAAAUACGAAGAGGCGGCAGAGAGGAAAGCAUAUAAAGAGCUAGUGAAGGAUAUUACUCCAAGAAGAGAUGAAAGUGAACCCUUUUCGUCAUACAAGGAUCAACUAGGAUUCGGUUUACAUGUGGCGCUUACGAUGUUUACAGGGUAUUUAGUUGGAUAUUAUACAUUUAGAGCAUUGUUUGGGCAUAGUCCUGUAAUGCAUGCUGCUGGAGGGAUACUUGGAUUUGUGGUGGGGAUGCUUGUAGAAACAGUUCUUUUUAUGAUAAGAACUACCAGCCAAGAUCGUAUGAAGACCACAUUUACAGCUUCUAAAUUAAAGAAGAAUCAAUAGAUUUUUGUGUGUAAAUCUUUAUAAAUUAUUGUGUUUUUGCAAAUUUUGGGUAGAAGAAAUAUUUGUUGUUGUUUACAUGAAUGCCUAUUUCUUUGAUUUGGAUGGUUGUAUUAGGAAUGUAAAUGGAUAUUGGAAUAAUAAUUUAGUUUUGAAAAAACUAUUUACCAUGAA